AUGCUGAGUCUCAACUCCCAGGACCGUGACCGCGACGACACCGUUACCGGGCCGUCCCUUCGGGACCCGGUGGCGUUAAACGUGGGGGGGGAGCUGUACAGCACCACCCUGGACACCCUCACCCGCUGCAGGGAGUCCAUGCUGGGGGCCAUGUUCACCGGGCAGAUCUCCUCGCUCCGCGACCGGCAGGGGAACGUGUUCAUCGACCGCGACGGGAGACUGUUCCGGUACGUUCUGAACUUCCUGCGCUCGGGCUCGCUGGACCUGCCGCGGGGCUUCCCCGAGCUGGCGCUGCUCCGCAGGGAGGCGGACUUCUACCAGAUCCGCCCCCUGCUGGAGGAGGUGCGGCGCUGCGAGGAGGCCCGGCCGCUCUGCGAGGGAGGGGGCCCGCCGGGGGCCAUGCUGCUGGCGGAGGUGGACUGUAAGGUGCGCGUUCUCCACUUCAAUGUGCGCCGCGGGCCCGAGAACUACGAGCUUUGCACGUGCUCAGUGCGGGUUCUGACUGCAGAGCUGUUCUGCACCUGGCGGGCCUUCCUGCUCCUGCUCUGCGGACGCUUGUCCUACUGGACUCCCCAGGGUCUCAGUGCCCCCCAGUUGGCCGAGCCCAGGCAGAACCGGGUGAGGCUGGAGUGGGUCCCCAGGCCAGAGGAGCUGCCCCAGGAUCAGUACAACAAGCUGCGAUACCAAGGCCUCGUCGUCACCGACCCGGAAACAUCGCAGACCCACCCUGGAGGGCCCUGCGAUGUCGUCAGUGAGCGCCGAGGCCCCUGUGAGGUCACAGACACGCGCAGCUUCGUGGAGGAACUGCUGACGGUGUCGCUGGCCGAGGGGUUCAGGGUGGAGUCGGUGACCCCUGACCCCGCGGAUAUUCUGAACUGCAGUUCGCUCCGUCUGGUCCGCAGCUGAUUGGAUCGUGAACAACUGAAACCCAGUCUGAUUAGGCCUCCCCUCCUCCCCACCAACCAGCUAGGACUUACAGUUACUUACACUCUCAAGACUUAUAAGACUUACCGUUAGCGUUCAUCCAAGUCCUUUAACUCUUGACAAACCAACACUAAAAGUGACUCAAGUUGUCAUGAUCUGUGUCUUUUUUUUUUGUACGUUUGUUUUAUUUGUUAUUUUUGACACACACUAAUACAAUAUUCAGAAAAAUAAGAGACGUUCA